GUCAAAAGGGUCAGGCAGUAGCAUAUUUUUUGCAUAGAAAUCAUUUAUCUGUAGGUGUGUACAGCUGUAAAUUUCGUCUCGUGCACGCUCGAGCUGCUGAUAAGAGUGGGUUCAUCAAACGAUUGGUCUAUCCCGCGCAUCGAGCAUGCUGUUUUACCAUGUGAAAGAGGUGUUGUUAAAAUUUUAUCAAGAUGAUAUUGCUCGUGUUAUUGCUGCAGCCGUGUUAACUGUUGCCCUCGUCUGUACGCUUUAUGUGAGCUACAUCAUCGGUCUGACGAUUCUGCUGUUCUUCAUCCACGGCUGUGCGGCGGCAGUGUUUGUACUUAAUCACAAGGAAACCUUCGGACGAUACAUCCAACGAGCAAAGGAUUUCAUCGGAUUCAAGGAUUAUGAUGCAUCCAAUCGUCACGAAUGCGAUGUCUGCGGCAACGAUCGAUGCCCACGGCAUAACCGGAACGUGCUGGUGCCGAAACCGUCGGCAGGCUUUUACAUCGAGCAACCGCUAGACGACGCAAUAGAUAGAUUCUUCACACACAUACUGGACAGCUUCAUCCGGAGCUGGUACAAUCAGGUAACGCCAGACGAAGAGUUUCUGUACCAUUUGAAGUCCACCCUGCGCGAUGCGCUCUGCCGUUUGGUGCUGCGUGCCAAGGAAAUAGAUGCACCGGGAGUGAUAAUGAACCGCUUGCUGCCGACCGUAUUCAUACACUACGAAAUCAUUGCAAAAAUGUUGCUCGUAGACCGCGUUCCCAUGGACAAGCUGGCAAAAACGUUCGUUAUCGACGAGUAUCCCAUCCAUCCGGCGGUACUGAACCGUGGAGCCGAGAUCAACUAUCUGCGGGGCGUAGCGAAGGUGCUGAUUCCGAGGCUUUUCACCGCAGAAAAUACGAGCUGCAAGAUUUUCUUCAACCUUAUCAAGGAACUGUUGACAUUCUGGGUGCUGUUACCCAUCAUGGACGUUAUCGCGGAUCCGAAUCUGAUCAAUCUGCUUAUCAUAAUUGCCACAGAUAAGCGUGCGAAAGAUGGCACUCGUAAGGUGGGCGAUGCGGCGAAAGUACCGCAUUGCGAGAAGGUAAAAAUUUUGGAUGAUUUCGUUGGUCGCAGUUUGCGAAAGCUAGAAUGUGGUGUGCCGCGAGAUGUAACGGUUCCGCAGGAAAUUCUUUGGGAAGAUAAGGACAAACUGUACUACUUUAUGCAGUUUCUCAUCAAGGAAGGUUCUGUUGAAUUGUUGCAAUUUUAUCUGGAUGUAGAUAACUUGAAUAAAGAAUUGGAAGAUCCUCACAUCACUACCGACCCUACGAAGCUAUCCUCGUUGCACCAGCAAUCGGAGAAACUGCUUCAAAAGUACCAAUCGAUGGUAAAGGCAGUCGACAGUCAGUUUGAUGGUGAAGAAACCACGCCAGUCGGUACGCUGACGGAAGCACACGAGCGAGUACGGCUGAAGCUGGAGGAAAAGUGGUUCAAACAGUUUAGCAAAACGUCGGAAUAUUUCAGCCUCGUUUACGGAGGUCGUGAAAUAAGGGAACCACACGAUAAAAGGGGAAGCGAUGGCACGAGUGGCAGUGGAACGAAACUAAGCACCAAAUUCAAGGAAGUUAUCCGGGGAGCCGUUGAUGGUGCACCGAUAGAAGCCACCGAGUCGCCCACGGUAUGGGACGCACUGAAUGAUGUCCAUCCAAGCAACAACAUUUACAACUCCGUCACACAGAAGCUGCGCAAGGAGAAAGGCCAAAGCUUGGAUGUUUUUAUGAGCACUUUUAUGCAUUCCAUUGAGCAAAGUCCCGACAUUGGAGAGGAUGUUGUGCAGGAGAAGGAACCGGUUAAGAAGAAAACCAAAAUCCCUGGCCAGAGCGUUGUGUUUGGGGAUCUGUUCGAGCUGAAGAAGGCAUCAAAAAAUACUCACACUACAACACUGCUGUCGCACAGUGUCCGCGGACCGUCGCAAUGUUUCGUUUACAUUCUGGUGAAGGUACUUAAUGCGCCCUUCCUAAUCGUGCGGCUGGCGCUGGCGUUUUGUUGCGUUUCGCGCAAAUCCGUCGACACGCUGAUCAACUCCCUCACGGCGAAGCUGAUUCGGGCUGGCCUGAAAGAAAGCCGUCUAGCGUUUCUCAUCAAUCUGCUACGGGAGCACGUAUUUCUGCGGAAGCAACCGGAACCCACACCGGCCAUGCUGCUGAAACGGCAGCAAGAGGCACGAAAGCGACUGGAGGACCUGCGGGGAGGGCUGGGCAAUCUGGCCGAUGUGCUGCAGUCGCCGGUGCUGAACAAACAUCUAAUGUAUUGCCUGUUUGAUAUUCUGCUGGCGGAGAUGUACCCGGAGUUUGACGAAUCUCCGAGCGGCAAAGAUUAGAUGUACUUGUCCCUG